AGAAAGUAUUCAAGACAGGUAUUACAGGGUUUAUCCUAUCUUCACAAAAACGACAUUAUACAUCGUGAUAUUAAAGCUGAUAAUAUUUUGAGAGAUACUCAUGACAAUGUAAAACUGGGAGAAUUUAGUGUGGCUAAACGACUUCCGGCUGCUAGAUUAGAGACGACAGUUGUAGGAACACCACACUGGAUGGCACCUGAAGUCAUCAAUAGUGAAGGUUAUGGUCGAAAAGCUGAUAUUUGGAGUUUGGGCUGUACGAUUGUUGAAAUGUUUACUACUAAACCUCCGUUCCAUGAAUAUGAGCCUAUUGCUGCAAUGUUUCGAAUCGUAAAAUGUAAACAUCCAGAAUAUGAACUACCAAAAGAUGUGUCCGAUUUGGCCAAGGAACUUUUAGCACUUGCAUUUAUAAUAACUCCAGUCGAUCGUCCGUCUGCCGAUGAUCUGCUAAAACAUGGUUUCGUUCAAGAUGGAAGACAGUGAUCAGGAUAUAUUGUGCAUAGAAAUGACACAAGGCCUAUUUGCAAAUUCAACAGAAAAUGCUUGAUGUCAAAAAACGACUUGUAGGAGAUUCUCUAUUUGUGUAUAGAAACGACAAGACUUUUUGCAAAAUCAACGGAAAACGUCGAAACAAACCUAAUGUCUUUAGUAAACAUCUGUACCAUAUACAUGUGUAUUUUGACUGUUUGUGUUGGAUGUCAAGUUUGUGUCAAUACAAGAGAUGAGAAGAAGGGGAGACGACUCUAGUUAAAGUUUUGUUAAAUUCAACUACAAGUUUAUUAUUGAUGAAAAAGUGCUAGAGACAGUAUUAAUACUGAAUAUAGUAUAAACGUUACUAUGCGCAUGCGUGAUCAAACGGACAUUUAUGUACUCUUCUGUCAAGUCUACCAACCGCUCUUAUUGGCGUGUGUUCAGUCUGCAAACGUUAGAUUCAUUGCACGUGGUGUGUGGUAAUGUUAUUUCAAAAAGGCGGUGAUUUAAUGAAAGCAAUACCGACAUCCAGGCUGUAAAGAGAACCCCUGAAUUAUGACGUCAUAUACAUGUGGUUCUCUCCAAAUUUUCAGCGAUUUUCUGUAUAUAGGAAAAUACAAAAAAUCGUGCAUGGACACACCGAUGUAUUCUUGCUGUUCAAAUCGUGUACAUGAAAACCUGACCUUGUAGUUAAUCGUUUAAAUCAAAAUUAUUGAUAUAAUUAGUGUUCAUCAGAUUUUCACAUAAUACUACCAGGAAGACAAGAUUGUGCAUUAUUUAAUAAAUUCACCUGCUAUACACAAAGCAACAGCUUUCUGGGGGAUCACUUUCAAGUUUUCAGUGUCAGGGG